GUGCUCCAGCUCCUCGCUGCUGCCAGGCUACCAUGGAGAACUACCCGCAGUCCUUCAGCAUCAACAUGCAACCCUACGGCAGGAAUGGGGGGGCCAGCACCCCCAGCCCCCCGGCCACCUCCUUCGGCCAGGCCACCUCCUUCGGCCAGGCCACCUCUUUCGGCCAGGCCACCUCUUUCGGACAGACGGAGCCCACACCCGUUUCUACCCCGCCACCCAAGGACUUUGUGCUCUGGUCUUUCUUCAACGCCAUGUACUGCAACCCCUUCUGCCUGGGCUUCCUCGCUCUUGUCUUCUCCAUCAAGGCCCGAGAUAGGACAGUGGCGAACGACCCCAUGGCCGCCAACAGCUACGGGAGGACAGCCAGGAGCCUCAACAUCGCAGCGUUAUGCCUGGGUAUCGUGGGCACCAUCAUCCUUGUGGUCAUUCUGGCAGUGAUCUACAGACCAGUACACCACCCCUAACCUGGCCCACCGAGGAGAGGCAG